AUGGAAUCACUAAGGAACGCAUUGAUACCGAAGACUUUGAGUAUACUUAGUUUGGUGGCAGUUACCGUGUGGUCUGUAAUCGGAGUUUGUUUGAUUUCAGUGGUCGCAUUCAUCGAAGGCAGUGAGUCAAACUCACGUUUCCGCUGUAGUAUUCCUAAUACGACACCUAACGAAAAGGCUGACAAAGCGGACUUCAUUGAAGAGAGGUGCUUGGGUGAAUACGAACAGAAAUACAUCAAACUCCCCCUCUCUGGCUUCGUCGCCAUUAACUUCAUAGUCAUCGCAAUCAUUCCUUUUGCAUACUCGCUAUGCGUCAAAUCGAGAAUCCAUGAGCUCGAGACACGCAACGCAGAUGCCGCAGCACCGGAACAACACGGAAGUCAAACCAAGAAACGGCUUUUCAUCAGCUACUGUUCUCAUCUGGCCUUAAAACUUGCCCUAGCGAUCUUUUUCAUCGUCUUGCAAACCGAAGUCGCUUAUUCCGGUAACUUUCCCUCUACCUUUCUGUGUAAUCUAACGAAAGGAGGAGCUAAUUCUUCAGCAUUAUCAACAUCAGACUUCCCACAGACAAGCAGUGAUGUUUACAAAUGUUACAGUUCAUUAGCACGCAAAAGAACUUUUUGGAGUUAUCUUCUAACUGCUGUUGAUGGAUUAUUUGCUUUUGUCACUCUUAUUGAAAUUGUCUGGAUUUGUUCUCGGGCAAAGAACGGUUCACACUUCAUGGAAGACUGCCACUUUUAUGAUGAUCAUCUGCGAUCCAACCGUGACCCCAUCUGCGUUCCGUCAUCAGAAAUAUCCCAGCAGGUGCGAAAUACACUGCAAGCGGACUUGAAGAGCUUGAAGGACGAUGUAAUAGUAGGCACGAAGCAACUCAGAGAUCUGAAACAACCUAUUCGACCUAAUCCAGGUGAAGGCCCAAGUCCCAGAGAUCUUGAGAUCGAUCAAAUUUUUGUAAACUUAGUUAUACAUGAAGGCCGAGCAAAAUAUGAUUUUCUCGAAGGUAGAUGCAAGCAACCCAAAGUAUUUCCAAUACCUAGGGUGGAUCAGCAUGACGGUGAAAUAUGCGUAGAAAAUAUCAUUGAUGGCCGACACAAGAAUAUUCUUGUGGUCGGUUGUCCAGGCAUUGGUAAAACAAUCCUUUCCACAAAGCUGCUUCGAGUCGCGGCGUUUGAUACGCUUAAGGACGGAAACUUUGAUGUAGCUUUCCUUAUAAAAUUCAAGCGAUUCAACUCGGUAAAGAACCUCAACCUUCGCGAACUCUUUACUGGCUCAGAAACAGUAAAGAAUCUGAAUGAUGACGUGUGGAAGUACAUUAUCCAAAACCCAUCCAAAGUUCUAUUAAUUUUUGAUGGAGUAGAUGAGUUUUCUGCCAAAGAAGACAUCUGCCAAGAUGACUCGGGAUACAAAGACAUUGAGGAAGAGAAGAUGCCUCUCCAAUGUCUUUACUACAAAAUAGCGUCGAGGAAACUUCUCCCUGGUGCCACAGUUAUCACGACAUCAAGACCAACUGCUGUGUCAUGUGUAAGACAGCUGAAUUUCGAUAAAAUUGUUGAAAUUCUUGGAUUUUCAUCUGAAGAAGUUGCAAAUUAUGUGAAGAAGUUUACCGAGGGAAGUAACGAUCCCGUUUCAAGAGAAACAAUAUGGCAGCACCUUCGUACAAAUAUCAAUCUCUUCACCUUUUGCUAUAUUCCUGUCCAUUGCUUCAUCAUUUGUUCCUGCUUGUCACAACUGCAUUCUAAUGGUUGCAAUUUACCCACUAAGCUGACCAAGAUAUAUAGUUUGGCCCUAAAGAUUUUCUUCUUUAGACACAAUGAUGAAUAUCGUGGGUCUAAGGACUCCAAUGAUCAGUUUAUUUUUACAAGAUACUGCGAAUUGCCCUCCCAAGUUCAGAGUGUUUUUAGUAAAUUGGGAAAGAUCGCCCUUCUCGGACUUGAAGAGGGCAGACUGACCUUUACAGCAAAAGAAGUUGAAGGAGUAAAGGACUGUGGAUUGCUCCAUCGUCUACCUGACCUGAAUAGCCCAACUCCUCUUGACGCAGGUGAAGCUCAGUUCUGUUUCCUGCACCUAACAAUACAAGAAUUUCUUGCCGCUAAGCAUGUGGUAGAUACCAUGAAGAAAACUGAAGAAUUGCGGAAAUUUGUUUCAGAUAAAAUCAACCAAAGUGCUUGGCAAGUAGUGAUGCAGUUUGUGGCAGGACUGUUAGACCCCGAUGCUGCUGGAGAAAUGUCAGCGGUGAAAAUGUUUACAGAACUUCUUCCCAUGGCCACAAGUAAGACGAAUGAAAAGGAACUCAUGAAUGUUGCUUGGAACUAUGCAGUUGAAGAGCCAACUACAUUGACCUGUUGGCCAACUGAUGGAGACAAAGAUUUAGCCUUGCGCAUAUGCAACUGUUUGUAUGAUCUCGAAUUAGAGCAGCAAUCUGCUGUGACAAGCAAAAUUGAAGAAAUUGGUUUUAAUGCAGUGGAUUUUAGUGGUUGUAAUCUAGCACCUGUUGACUGUGCAGCUUUAGUGCAUUUCCUUAAAAACGCUGGAACAAUCUUGUUAACAUUAGAACGUAAUGAAAUAAGUUGGUUGGGUUGUAUGGAGGUUCAAAAGUGGGUUGAUCAAAGUGAUAGUAGUAAGUGUGUAUUCAAGUUACGUAGUUUGAAUUUGUCUCGCAACGAGAUAGGGUGUAAGGGAGCGCAACAACUGGGUGACGCACUUAAACACCAACAUUGUACACUAACAAAGUUACAACUCUCUUAUAACAGAAUAGAUGAGAAAGGAGCAAAAACAAUAUGUGAUGCACUGAAAGAAAAUAGCUGUAAACUAACCACUCUGGAUCUUAAAGGUAACAACAUCGGAGAAAAAGGAGCUAAAUAUUUAGCUAUUGCACUUAAAAAUAAACAUUGUAAACUCACGGAGUUGCACCUUUAUGGUAACGAUAUAAGAAACAACGGAGCAGCACUCCUAAGUGAUGCUCUUAGAGACGAAAAUUGUAGACUGACUCUGCUUGACAUUGGCGAUUGCAAAAUCGGAAACAAGGGAUUGUUUAGUCUGAGAGAUGCACUUGAAGAUGUAAAUUGUAAACUGACCGUGUUGCGCCUUCCCAGUAACAAAGCCAAAAUCACAGGGGCAACAUAUAUUUCUCAUGCAUUAGAAGAUGUAAAUUGUAAACUAACUGAAUUGGAAUUUGCAGGUAACGAUAUAGGGGACAAUGGAGUAGGUCACCUAAGUAGAGCACUUAAAGUUGCAAAUUGUAAACUAACUGUGUUGGGCCUUAGUGGUAACAGCAUAGGACUCGAUGGGGCACAACAACUUUGCGAUGCACUAAAAGAUGGAAAUUGUAAACUCACCGUGUUAGACCUUGGUAGGAACAAUGUUGGAGAGUAUGGGGCAGCAUAUUUGGCUGAUACACUUAAAAAUGUGUCAUGUGAGCUAAUUAAGUUAGACCUUGCUUUUAACAAUGUAGGAGAAAGAGGAGCGGCACACCUAGCUGAUGCACUUCAAUCGGUAGAGUGCAAACUCACUGAGUUGAACCUUAAGGCUAAUGACAUUGGAGAUAAGGGUGCAGAGCACCUGACUGAUGCCCUUAAAGAAAGAAACUGUAAACUCACCGUGUUGAUCCUUGAAAGAAACAAUUUAAAGGAUCAAGGAGCAGCACAUAUAAGUGAAGCACUUAAAAAUGUGAAUUGUAAACUCAUUGAACUGAAUCUUUCUGCCAACUGCAUAGGAGAUGAGGGAGCAGAAAAGCUACUUGAAGCAUUUAAAAAUGAGAAUCGCACACUUACUGAGUAUAACGUCGAAGGAAACAAUAUACGCGAAGAACAACUCGCACGU